AGGCACUCCGGAUUUGCGAAAAGUUAGAUUUUUGACCUUUUAUUUCGUACCCAUAGUACGUUCGACGCAUUAGCAUUACCCAUACAUUACACUUGCAUCCACCCUAAACUUGUGCGUUUGAUGUCCUAACAAGAAAAUUUCUCAGAAACACCCCACGACAUUCACAUUCACCACCAAAGAACCUAAAAGAUUCACAUUUUCCACCGUCAAAGGCGUUUUUACGUCGCCACCGCACUACAACAAGCCAUGGCCACGACGCAGCAAGCCCGGCGUCUAGUCGCCGGCGACGGGCCGCAGAUUGCUUCUUCCAAGCUUUUCCCGGAUCCGAAAGAAUUCAAAUGCGGACAGAAUGCGGAAUACUUGAAGAAAAGAUUACAGGUGUGGGAGAAGGUGAAGGCAAAACACGAGCAAGCGAUCGCGAAAAUCCCAAAGAAGGAGAUCACGAUCACACUGCCGGAUGGCAAGCUGGUAAAGGGGACGAGCUUUGAAACCACGCCAGAAUCGAUUGCUGUUGGGAUAUCGAAGAAGCUGGCAGAAAAAAUCGUCGUGGCUAAGGUACUGAGUGUUCGCGAGUAGAAUCAUGAUCUUCACUUUGCUUUAUGCAGAAGUGUGCCCGUGAUGUGGUCUUCCUUUCAAUCGGCGUCUACUACCGAAGAAAGCACGCGUUUUCAUUUUCCGCAUGACAAGCUAAAUCACAUUACAAAAUCAGGUCUAUUACUCCGAGACCAUUGCGUCACUGUCUCAAGUAGUAAACGCCGAUGAGGAGCCAGAGUCUGACGAGGAUGGGUCAGAUGACGAGGAUAUCCUGAGUAAAAACGUACCCACACCAUAGUUGUCAUGCAACUCUGCAUGCUUAAAAUGUUUCUCAUGCGGAGCCCCAUGAGAAGCAUUUUCUAAUGCGGUUUUGAAAUUUGUCAUGCUCCAAUCAGCACGAGAUACUAGAUCUGUAAUGCUGCUAAACUAGCUUAAACAGCACUACACUACGCGGAGAAACUUGUCAUGCCAAACAACCAAAGCUGGCUGAUUUGUCUAGCAGAUUCCCCAUCUUGACUCUGGUGUGGGUACGUUUUUACUCAGGAUAGAGGAAGACGCUAAGGACGAGAAAUUUGUCCUCUGGGACAUCUCGAGACCACUGGAAGGAAACUGUAUUCUUGCAGCACUUCUUGUUUUUCAAUUCUAACUCGCGUUGAUCACUAAGCUCGGGGGCGUACUCCGCGUUGAUCACUAAGCUCGGGGGCGUACUUAUUUCCGGCAAGCUUUAAUGCAUUUCGCAAAGAAGCGAGCCGCCGGGCAUUCAAGCCUGGGGCCUAAUUUUUCUGUCCGACUUCCACGAUCCUCAAGAGGCGACGGGGAUAGUGGUUGUUUUCGUCGGGGGCUAAGGAUUCUCUCCAGCUCUUAGGAAGUAUCUUUUGAACGCCAAGCGUGAGGGUGGUAGCGCGAAGCGAACCCCAAUUGAACUUCCCUUCACUGCUAAAACGGGUGGUGUUGCGUCGUUCGAGAUGCCUGGCUCUCAAUGCAAUCCAGAGCAGAUGAUUAGCCUUCAGAAAAUUUAAGCGGUUAUUAGUGCAGUUUCUGGCUCACCUAGGUAGCUCCUACAGUACCGAAGAAGCUUGUGCUGAAUUGUUUUUCAAUUCUGCACACCUUGGCUGCGUGACAGAGUUUUUUUUUGACGUGCAUGCAUUGCUUCUGGUUCUUUGCACUUCAACAAGCUGCUCUACUUUCUCGAGGCGCCUGUUUGCAGUGCUUUUCUGUAGUAGGUACAACCAGAUGAAUUCAUUUGUAUUGCAAGACGACCAUGAAGAUCAUGAUCAACCGGCACGGAAAUCAUAUCAGGCACCCUCCACCUCCUGACGUUCGACGAUAAGCUUGCGUCCGACGUUUUCUGGCACAGCUCCGCUCACGUGCUGGGGCAGUCGAUCGAAGUGGAGUUCGGAGCGCACUUAACCAUCGGGCCCUCGUUGGAGAAAGGGUUCUACUACGACGGUUUUUUCGGAGACAAGAAAAUUUCCACGACGGACGACCUGCCGAAAUUAGAGAAGCGUUGCCAGGAAAUCGUGAAGGAAAACCAGCCGUUUGAGCGGGUUACUCUGACCAAAGAAGACGCGCUCGAAAUGUUCGCGGAUAACCCCUUCAAAGUGCAGCUGAUCACGAACAAAGUGCCGGACGGAUCCAUGACCAGCUGCUACCGCUGCGGGCCAUUAGUCGACUUGUGCCGCGGACCGCACCUGCCGUCCACGGGAAAAUGCAAGUCCUUCUGGAUCCACAAGAACAGCGCAAGUUACUGGUAUCAUCUUUAUAUAUCACGAUGGUGUAUGUUGUAGGUUUUUCUUGCAGCGAGUUUGAGACUUGCAUGAAACUCAAGAUGAACAUGAAAGACGAAUAAGUUGUUUUACCAUCGUACCAUCGGCUUCAUCGUGUCACAUAGGUGUGACGUCAAUUAUACCGAUCUUUGUCAACAACAGUCCUCUGCGUCUGCGCCAUGGCAUGCGAGAUGCCUAUUUGCGUGGCACCGCACGCCUUUUCGCCACCGCACGCCCACGCCCACCCCUGCCGCCCCAGCUGCGCAUAGCAUGCUCGUCGCUCCGCUUUACGCCGCGCCGCGCUGUCUAAAACCAAAACCGCAACGCUGCGGUAGCAAUAUGUGCUUCCCAAAACGAACAAAAUGCAAACUCUAGGGAAGGAACUACAGCAACAAAACGAAAAGCAUCAUCUUGUUCCUCCCGAUCAUCCAAAACAAAAGUAGGCAAGAACCGCCCGAAUGAUCAAACUAACGAACUACACAACUUCACCACAACAGGCUGGGUAAGGAUAAGAACGAUUCCCUCCAGCGCAUCUACGGUGUCUCCUACCCCUCCGACAAGGAACUGAAACAGCACAAGACACAGCUCGAGGAAGCGGCUAAACGCGACCACCGGGAGAUCGGGAAAAAGCAGGAGCUCUACUUCUUCUCCGACUUCUCCGCCGGCUCCUGCUUCUGGAUGCCCCACGGCGCCAGGAUUUACAACAAGUUGGUGGAAUUCAUGCGCCGGGAGUACGCGAUUCGCGGGUUUCAGGAGGUGAUCACGCCAAAUCUGUACCACGAGUCUUUGUUUAAAGCGUCCUAUGCAUUGCAAAAGCAUCGUACUAGUAUAAAUCGCAAUACAAAUUUUCUCAGAAGGAGAAAUGGAGUUUGUAAUGCUGAUUUGGCUAAGAAACAAGAUUUGUCAUGCAUGAUUGCAAUUAGUACUAGUGCGAUACUUUUGCAGAGCAUACGUCCGGACACUACUACAAGUACAAAGACGACAUGUACAACAUGGACAUUGUAUCAAACAAAAAAGUGUUAACGUUAACGGUUUUCAUAGAUUGCAAAUAUGCAUGACACAUUUUGCCUAGCAUGCGUGCUAUGCAUGACAAAUUUGGGCGCGUUUUGUGAUGCGUUACUGCAUCACAAAUUCCGUUGACGUUAACGCUUUUUCCUGUGAUACCUUGAGGGGGAAAGAUGGUUUCUGAAGCCCAUGAACUGCCCAGGGCAUUGCGUGGUUUUCGCGCACCGCGUGAGGAGUUACCGGGAGUUGCCGCUCCGGAUGGCGUCCUUCGGAGUCUUGCACAGAAACGAGAACAGCGGGGCGUUGAGUGGUAUACUUUUGUAGCCAGGGUUUUUUUUCUUUGACGCGAAGGAAUGUGUAGUCAAAUCAAAGUCGUGCACACUGUGCUGCGGUCCAGGAGGGGCUUGUUGAAUGCUUGUAUUGCGAUGCUUUCUCUACUAAGUACGGGAGUACGAAAUCCGUCUCAACAUACAACUCGCACACCCAACCAAUUACCAGGUCUGACCCGUGUCCGGCGGUUCCAGCAGGACGAUGGCCAUAUCUUCUGCCGCAUGGACCAGGUGAAAUCCGAAAUCAAAAACGCCUUGAAAUUCGUGCAGUUCAUCUACGAGACCAUCGGUUUGGAGUACACCAUGGUCCUUUCCACCCGCCCAAAGAAGGCAAUCGGCAGCAAGGAAGUGUGGGCCAACGCGGAGAAGCAAUUAGCAGAGGCUUUGAACGAAAGCGGACUCCCGUGGGGGCUGAACAAGGGAGAUGGGGCAUUUUACGGACCGAAAAUCGAUUUCAAGGUAUGUCGAGUUUUAUUGGGAUAGAUUUUCAGAUCCUUUUCGUUACAUCACACAACAUCUCGUAGUUGCUAAAGUUACAAGUUAGUAUGCUUGUCGUUGUCACGCCGCAUGUUGACACCAAAAUCGGAUUCUCAUGAUAGUGGCGUCAGGCUCACAAAGAAGAUCAAUCAAUACUAGCGUCAAAUAUCAUGCUUGUGUACAUUCGAUUGUGAACUCCCAUUACCCCAGGUUAAAGACGCGAUCGGGCGUCAGCACCAGUGUGCGACGAUGCAAUUGGAUUUCCUUUUCCCGAUGCGUUUCAACCUGCAGUUCCGCACGCAGGCGGACGAGCAGAAAGAAGCCGAGGCUGCCAAGGCCGAAGGAGAACAAGCACAGGCAGCAGGAGCUGCUCCGAAGGAAACCAAGGAGAACAAGAAAGACAAAAAAGCCGCUGCUGCUGCCGCUGAGCCGAAGGAACCGCGAGCGUCUGCUACGUCUGCAGAUGGCGGUGCACCAGCGGCGGAUGCUGGAAAAUCUGCUGCCGACAAGGAGAAGGAAAAGGAACAGAGAAUGGAAGCGGUUGGGUUGGAAGGUGUGCUGAAACCCGGUCACGAGCGGCCGGUCAUGAUCCACCGUGCCAUUCUAGGAUCCGUGGAGAGGUUCACAGGUACUGACGUGUAAGGGAGUCAUGUAAGUUAAGAUCUAGUGAGGUUUUUUCUUUGAUGAUGCAAUAAACAAUGUUGCGCUUCAUCUACAACUGAAUUGAAAGUGCAAGUGCUGUCUGCAUGAAAUCCACAUCCAAAUCAGGUAUCCUGUGUGAGCACUACGGCGGCAAGUGGCCGUUCUUCAUCUCCCCGAGACAGGUGAUGAUCGUCCCGACGCACGCUGGUUUGAAUAAGUACUGCGAGUACGUCGCCGAGCAGUACAAAAACUUCGGCAUCUUCGCUGACGUCGACACCAGCAGCAAGACCAUGAACAAGAAGGUCCGGGAAGCGCAGCUGGCCCAGUACAACUACGUUGCGAUCUGCGGGGAGAAGGAACAGUCGGCGUUGGCGGUCAACUUGCGGGAUCGCGACACGGGCAAGCCGCUCGGGGAGUUCUCGAUUAAAGAUUCCGUGGAGAUGUUCGUCGCGAAAUCCAACCCGAACAGCAAACCUGCGAACCAAUUUGACGAAUUUGAGGGCCAGAAGCCGGAGCCAAUCGGCGCCGGGAAAAAUGGUGCGUCUUCAAGCAGCUCCGCAGCUUCUUCUGCAUCAAAACCAGAAAAGUUAUCCGCGGAAACAGCAGGUGCGUCGAGCAAAAACGACUCUACUACUUCGAAGGAGACCACUGCAGCUGCUGGAGGUGCGAAGAACAAGAAGCAGGAACAUCAGAAUAAUGGUGAGAACAACAAGAACGGGGCAAUAAAGAAGGAUUGGGAGUCGCACUUCGCACAGUUUCCGUACGCUGGCGGAUUUGAGAUGUCCGCGACAGACAAGAAAUUGUUCGAGGAGUGUAAGGGCGGCAUGCCGAGUUCGGAGAAUUUUCAGCGGUGGUUCCAACACGUAGGAAGCUUGGUAAGAAGUGGGAUUGUGUAGCUGAUGUGGAGAACCGUUGUCAACAAAUGGAGUUGUAGAUCUUUGGAGGAGGAACAGUAGUGUAAUGCAGCUCUUCUUGUCACACAGAAGUUGAAAAUCAAAAAGAACGCUACCUUUAUCGAUGAAUAAAGCGCUCGCUUACUCUUAUUUCACCAGUCUCUAAUUAUAGAGGAAUAUCGCUUACUCACGCUCAUAUUUCUGAUUGUAUCUAUUGCUUUCUGCUGGUUCUGGUAGCGAGACGCAAGUCGCAGGAUCACGUGUGAUUUUUGCGGAAGUAGAGCCUUUCUGGUCACGUUAACACAAUAAGCGGUGAAGUGAAAGAGACGACGCAAACUUUGAAUGACUUUGAAUCGAUAUCAGCGACAAUGCCACUUCAUGUUUCACUUCAAACUGAGGAGAAAGUAGGCUGCGUCAUUCAAAGAGAACGAGAGCCUUUUGGUAGCACAAACGAUGAUCAGACUUUACGUCGAGACGCGCGGCCAAUCUUAAGAAAAAAGAUGAUAAAAAAGUAGAAUGAAAUUAAAGCGUAAGUGCGAGAGCUUCACCUUCAUGCUCGAAGACGAGCUGCGCGAAGAGACUAUUGCU